UUGUUUUGCUUUCUUUGAGUGACUGAGAAGAACAGUUAAGUUUGAGAUGGAUUGGAGGAACCACCCGCAGUACACGCCAAAGAGGAAUGCGUACGUUAAGGGUAUUGUGGACUCUUUGGGUAUUUCGGAGCAGGAGGCGGCCAGGUUUGAGCAGCAGAUUUGGAACAGUGCACCCUCUCUUCAGGAGUACCCCCAAAUGUUACGAGCAAAACUAGAUUCAUUGAAACAGCAGCGCCAGCAGCAUAUUCAGAAACAACAAAUGUAUCAACAACAGCAGGUGGUCACUUCGCAACAGCAACAAUUGAUUCGGGUGCCCAUUUCGAACAAUUACGUCAUGAGUGCCCAACAACAGCCAUCGGCCCAAAUGCCUCCUCAAGGCAACCCAAUGAUGAUUCAGCAGCAACAACAACAACAACAGGCACGACUGGCUCUAACAGGAAACCUGAUGUCCCAAAUGCAGCAUCGGAUGCAAGGUGGGGGAGGGCCAGUGGGGUUACCACAUGGGGGCAAUGUGAGCAGUGUCCCCUGGGGAGCAGGAGGUGUAGAGGGUGUGGGCAGGAUGGCAACUGCAUCUUCUGGAGUGCCGGUUUCGAUGUCCUCCCUCCCAGGGGGUAUUCCUCAACAGGGGGUUGGACUCCCGACAUCUGGACAGCAACAAGGAGCACCAGCUAUGAUGGGUAUGCAUGGACAAGCCGUGAAGCCGGCCGUUGGGAAUGUGCCAUCUUCCCAGGCUGUGAUGAUGACGUCACCAAACACAGGCAUGAACAGUUCCUCAGCAGCUGCAGUCGGUGGUCUUAAAAUGGUCGCAAAUGGACCUGACCUAAUGGUUCCCAUCUCGGCGGCGGCAGCCAUGUCCAACGUCUCAUCACUCAGUGGCUACAGCAACCACUAUCCAACCAGUCAACUACAACAUCAACAGCACCCAUCGUCUCAACUAACGAUCGGAGCCCAGAUGACUUCGAACCCCAACUCAAUGAUGUCAUCAACUUCGCCGGCAGUUCAAAUGGCGUCUCCAAGUGGAGUGGGAAUGCACGCGUACUCUCCUCAUCUCUCAACAUCGGCAGCCAACUCGAGUUUUAACAACGUGAUGAGUAAUCCGUCGCCUGUGGCGCCGAGUUCAGUCGAAAAUACCAUGCCAGUCUCCACGCAACAUUCAGGGACAGGCGUGAAUUUACAAGGGCAGCAAACGCAACAACAAAGCUCAGCUUCGGGUCAUCAAAUAUCGGAGCACUACGCAGAGAAGAUCCGGCAGCAGAUUUUGAAGUUCACAUCUUCAGUCAACAAAUCGCUCUCUUCUAUCGAAACCACACCUCUGUGGACCCCAGGAAUCCAAAGGGUGUACGAGUGUGGCAAAGGGGGAAUGAGUAGACUGAACCAACUCUCACAUGCCGAAUUGGAGCUAUUCAGUCGCGAGAUAAAAUCAUUCCACCAGAAAUACAGCAAAAAUAAACCACCCAAUACCUCAGAAAAGGUCAUCCGUGCCAUCACCGAUAUUCUCCCUAUGCCGAGUCUCAAUUACAACCUGAACAAAGUCUUCAAUGAACCAAAGCGAAUCGCGAAGGGGUCCUUGAUCACGUGUCCGGGCAAGAAGCCGAAGGUGGGAAUCGAAUCCUACUUGUUAGAAACUGACAACGAUAAAAGCGAGGUCGAUUCGCAAAGAGAAGAAUUGAAGUUGCAACUGCAGAAAGAAAUAGCAGUGAAUUCGGAGAAUUUCGACAUCAAGUUUGCAAAGGACUUUAACUAUUCGUCAGACCCGAUUGUGUUAAAUUGCUGCCUGAAAAACAAAAGGAAUUCUGAAACAGUUGCUGUCCUUCAAAUCUCAGUGUUUUCUGACUACCCAGAUGAGGCAGUAGAGGUCAAAUUACUGACAUCAGCGGAAGCGAAACUGGAUGAAAAACAUAAAAAUCAUUUUGUGGGAGAAAUGGGAAAAUCAGAAGAACUAGAAAUCAAAAAAGCCUCAGAUAGAUUUCAAUCUAUGUUAAACUCAUCCCAAAACUGUAGCUUUUCGCAUGCUUUGAACAAGUUUGUGAUUUUUAAUAGUAAAGGUUAGUUUGGCUGACAAUUUUGUUUAAUUUAGUUUUUCCUCGAA